AUGAUCUUCUUAAUAUUCCUCUGGCUUUUGCCCGCCUAUGCCGCGAAAUGCACACCCCACAGGCGGGGCAUCCGACGGGAAUGGGGCUCACUGUCGUCCUUGGAGCGCAUAAACUAUAUCGAAGCCGUCCAAUGCAUGCAGCAAUUGCCUCCUGUUUUGUCGCAGGAGGUAAUCCUAGCUGCCCGUAACCGGAUGGACGACUUCACUGCUGUGCAUAUCAACUAUACUAUGCAUAUCCACUUGAACGGCGCCCUCUUAGGCUGGCACCGGGAGUACCUUUGGCUGUGGGAACAAGCUUUGCGAGAGGACUGUGGAUAUCAAGGAUAUCUUCCAUACUGGGACUGGACUCUCUACCCCGAUCUCCCCAACAGCCCUAUCUUCGACGGCUCAUCCACCUCCCUCUCCGGCGACGGCAACCCGGACGAGAACUACUGCGUGACCACCGGCCCCUUCGCCUACAUGCAGCUCAACUUCCACGACGACAAUGGGUCCUUCGAGGAACUUCCCGUCACAGCAUACGAUUACAGCCCGCGCUGCCUCCGUCGCCAGCUUAACUCCACCGUGAUAAACACCCAUGCCAACGCCGACGUCGUCGCCCGCCUCCUUGCCUCCCCGGAUAUCAGCACCUAUCAGGAACGCAACGACGCGCCCAUGGACCCUACCAAGCGGAGGAACGGGGUGGGCGUCCAUAUUGCGGGUCACCAGGCGCUCGGAUUGUCGAUGCACGAUUUCUUUGCUUCGCCUCAAGAUCCGGCGUUCAUGCUGCACCAUGCGAUGCUUGAUCGGGUGUGGGCCAUCUGGCAGGCGCAGGAGGGUGCCAAGCAAAGAUGGGCGGUCAAUGGCACGAUGAGCUUGUAUAAUGCGCCGACAACGCCAGAGAUCACCCUCGACACGGUAUUUGAGUUCGGGGUCUUGGGGCGGCCGAAGACGGUGAGGGAGUUGAUGAAUCCGGAGGCCUAUGAUUAUUGUUAUGCAUAUGAGUAG